AUGGGAUUGGCCACCACUGAACAAUGUAUGGAAGGAUUACAACCUGUCGACCUCAACACCAUUCAACAAACUGUUUCACAAUACCAAAGUCAAAAAUUGAUUGAUUCCACAUUGAAUUUGCAAAGACAUCGAAUUUACUUGUACUCUGGAACUUUUGAUAUGACUGUGAAAACAUCCGUCGUUGAAGCAUUGGCAGCUCAAUAUCAAUCAUGGGGAAUUCUUUCCAAAAAUAUUGUGACCAAUUUCACAGUGCCAUCUGGUCAUGCUUGGAUUACCAAUAAUUAUGGAAAUUGGUGCUUCUUGACUAUGCCUCCUUAUAUCAAUAAUUGUAACAUGGAUGGUGCAUUCAAUGUGUUGAAUACUAUUUAUGGAGACAUCAAACCAAAGGCUCAAGCCAAUGCUGCAAAUCUUGUCUCAUUCGCUCAAGCUGGUAACUUUUCUGGCAAUUAUAUGGAUUCUACUGGUUAUUUGUAUGUUCCAACUGCUUGUCAACAAGGAGCUUCAUGUCGAUUACAUGUCGUGUUCCAUGGCUGUGAGCAAGGUGCUAGCAUUUUAGGAACUGAAUUUGUUUCCAAUAUUGGAAUUAAUGAAUAUGCUGAGAGCAAUAAUAUUAUUGUCUUGUAUCCUCAAGUUGCUGCAGGAGGAGAGAACUUUUUAGGAUGUUUUGAUUGGGUUAACUUUUCAGGAGCAGAUAGUAAUUAUGCCAAUAAGAAAGGCUCUCAAAUGACUGCUGUUGCAAAUAUGAUCAUGGCUCUUGGCGGCAAGAUUUAUUAA